GUGAAAUGACAGAACCUCUACUUGAAGUGUUCCAUGUGCCCUUUCAUUCUAAAUGUAAAGAAUAGGAUUUGCACACUGUUGCAGUUUAAGCUGAUUAGAAAGUGAUUCUAACUUUGCGUUGUCUUCAGGGAAAGCAUCUCCAACUCAUAUAUCUGAAAGUGCAGAAGGAACCUGCUUCUGCAUGUUUCCAUUACCCUUCUGCUGCAACUAGUAAACCCUUGAACCAGAUUUCAGCUUGCCAAACCACUACAAAGUUUUGCAGUUAAAAAGGCAUUGAAGUCCACUCAUGUCUUUCGAUGAUGUUAAGGCUGCUGCUAGUGAGUUCGGUAGGGGAUUUAAUCACAGUUACUACCACGCGUUGCACAUAGCAAUACUAAAAGGAGAUUGGCAAUCUACAAAGGCUUUUCUUGACAAUGAUCCAAGUGCAUGGAGUGCAAAGAUCACAAUACUUGGUAGGACUGUACUGCAUGUUGCAGCAGUAGGAGGACAGUGGCAAAUUGUUGAGAAGUUGGUGCAACAUGUUCCUGCAAAAGUGCUUGAAGAGUUGGACUUGAUGGGUUGUACUUGUUUGCACUAUGUUGCAAUGGGGGAAAGCAGAAGUGCUGCCAAGGCAUUGGUCACUAAAAAUCCUUCUCUCACACAAUUCACUGACUUUAAAGGAUUCACACCACUUAUCUACAGUAUUACCUCUGCUAAAUGCAAAGAAAUGGUAUGGUACUUUGUUUUGAAUACAACAGAUGAGAGACCUGGUUGUCCUUUCUCUGGUCCUUCUGCUGCUCAACUUGUUGCUUUGCUUACUGCUGCAGGAUUUCAUGAUGUCACUAUAUAUCUUCUCCAGCGCUACCCAGAUUUGGCUACUCUCUCAGAUUCAAAGGGAAGCAUUAUACUUAAUGUUUUGUCAAAAUUGCCCUCGGACUUCCAAAGUGGAAAUAAACUUGGGUUUUGGAAAAGAUGCAUUUACCACUGUAUGCCAGAUGAACUUGAUUUUUUACCACCAAGUCAUCUGAGAGGAAACUUGAAAGAUUCAUUUGGGAAUUCAAGCCAUCAUCAAUCUUAUUUUGGAAGUACAAUAUGGGAUGGAAUUCAGAGUAUUGUUCCUGGCAUAAAGCUAGUCAGAGAGGCAAAGUUGAGACAUGCAUGUGCUGCGAGAUUGGUGGAACUUGUUUGCACACAGGUUUCAAAUUUGAAUGACACCGAAUUCUGGCAGUCUUUUGUGAGUGCAGACAUUGUUUUCAAUGCCUCAUCAUCUGGCAUAGUUGAAAUUUUAAGGAUCUGUUUCCAGUUUUUUCCUGAUUUGGUUUGGACUCACUUGCCAAAUGAAGGAUAUGUAGCUCAAACUGCAAUCAAGUAUCGGCAAGAGAAGGUUUUUAGUCUUCUAUGCAAUAUGCCUAUAGUUUGCAAGUUUUUAAUCCUGGCAUUAGAUGAAUCACAAAACACCACAUCACAUCUAGCAGCAAGGUUUGCUUCUCCUCAACAGGCAUCAAUUUCUGGUGCAGCCUUUCAAAUGCAGAAGGAGUUGCAGUGGUUUAAGAAUGUGGAGAAAUGGGAUCACCCUCUUCAUAAAGAAGUUAAAAACAAAGAUGGUAAAACUCCUUGGCAAUUGUUCAGGGAAGAGCAUAAGCCCUUGCUUGAAGAAGCAAAGGUUUGGAUGAAGGAUACAUCAAACUCUUGUAUGUUGGUGGCAACUCUUAUUGCCACAAUUGUCUUUGCUGCUUCUAUAACUGUACCUGGAGGAAACAACCAAGACAAAGGGUUUCCAUUAUUCUUGUCAGAUAACACAUUCAUGGUGUUCGUUGUGUCAGAUACACUAGCUUUGUUUUCCUCCAUGGUUUCCCUUUUGAUGUUUUUAUCAAUUCUAACUGCACAUUAUGCAGAAGAAGAUUUUCUCAAGAGAUUACCUGAGAGAAUAAUAUUGGGUCUGGCUUCUUUGUUCUUUUCCAUAGUAACAACAAUGAUAGCAUUUGGUGCAGCCCUUGAUUUGUUGCUAAGGGAGAGAGUGAAAUGGGUGUCAAUCCCAAUUGCUCUUCUGGCAUGUGUCCCAGUUGCUCUAUUUGCAGGGCUUCAACUUCCCUUGUUCAUACAAAUGAUCAUAUCAACUUAUGGUUCUUCUAUAUAUCAUCGUCAAAGUCUUUGGUAAGGCUUUUGUGUUGUUCCAGCAUAUGAAAAUAGGACAAAGAAUGGAAACAUAAAACCAUAUAGUAGUGUCAGCAGGUGAUGGCUUUAGCUUUGGAAUUUGUUUUUGUUGAGUAUAGUCUGAAGUUGGUUUUGCAACAGUGAACUAUGAUGAAAAUAGAAUUUGACCAAACUGCUUUCGGAAAUACUACCCAGUGUUCUAAAAACUUGCCACUAAUAAUCUACCAAAAAUCAAUAAAGUGUACAAUUAGUCCUUUUCUAGA